CCGCCGCGCUGGCGGGCCCGCGGCCGGGAGCGCCGAGGGCGCCGGCACGUGGAGGCGGCGCGCGUCGCUGGACUCCGCCCUGAGCGAGGGCCCCCCGCAAGGCAGCCCCGCGGCGAGCUCCUCGGUGCAGAAGUUCUCGCGGUCGCUGUGGCCGGGCAGCUCCGUGGGCUUCUUCCAGUUGCAGAAGGAGAUCACGGACGCGCACGCCGAAGCAGCUGCAGGCAAGCGACGAGAGCGAGUUGACGCACGUGGGCCUCCAGUGCCUGCCUCUCUUCCGCGGCACGCAGGCGUGGUGCGCACACGAGUCGACAUUCGUGUGGUUGGGCGUGGGCCUGAAGGUUGCUGGCGUGGUGUCCGCUGCCCAGCCAUACGCCGCCGCAGGGAACGCGCGAAUGUGGCAGCGGGCCGCCCAGCUGCGCUUCCUCGGGUCCCUGCUCUACAUUCGGGGGCUGCUAGAGUGCGGCCUUUGGGUCGCCUUCGGCCUGCAGCUGGUGCAGCUGGACAUGUUCGGCGCCAGCCCGUUCGGCGCCGUGAUCCGCGGGGUGCUGCUGGCCGCCGGCGGCGCCGCGCACGCGGCCAGCGUCCGCUUCUUCGCGGCGGGGGCCUUCGCGGACCUGGAGCGCUACGCCUCGGGCGGCCUCUUCGUGCAGACCUGGUCGUCGGCCUCGAAGCGCGCGGCCCUCGCGCUCGGCGCGCUGCUGGUGCUGAUGGCGGGGGCCGUGACGCUGGUGGAGGGGGCGCAGUGGUGGCCGAGGUGGCUGCGUGGCUGCCGCUGAUGGUGCAGUACCACAUUUUUUUGUCUGCGCUCCACUUCUGCUCCCUGGGGCUCGACGCCUUCGCCCUCGACGUGCUGAACACGCCCGCUCUCGAGGGAGUGGUCGGCAAGUUCGACCGGCUCCACGCGGCGAUGAGGCGGAGCUCCUACGCCGUCCAGGCAGGGCUCACCAUCUUCGUCACCGCCCUCUUCGCUGCGCUGUUCGCCACGGUGUAUUAUCUCGUCUUCGCGACCAGCGGCUGGGGCAUCGCGGGGCUCCCUGGCACGGCGGCCGCCUUGACGCCCUCGGACGAGGCGGCGUCGCGGGGCAGGGGCAGCCUGUCCGCCUCCCUCUCCGUCGCGGCCCUGGUGCUCCUCGGCCUGCACCUGCUCAACGGCAUCGCCCGGAUCAACGCGAAGUGCAGCCGUCUGCCGGCCCUCAUCCGCCGUGCCGCCCGUGCCCCGCCGUCGCGGGCCUCACCGCG